AACUGAAAUUUUUGUUUCCAAAUGGUUUGCUUUUGAACGGAUGAAAUUUCUGCUUGACAAAGACCAACCAAAUUGCACCCUAGAUACCGAAACUCGAGAAAUGGCCGAUGGAGAAGUUACUGACCUAAAUGAGUCUUUAACCGAAGAAGAAAAUGUAACUAAGUCUGAUAAUAAUGUGACACAGCCCAAUGACCUGAAUGCGGAAGAGACAGUUGACUCACCAAACGGUACUGCUGUAGAAAAACUUGUACAUGGAAAAACUUCAAGUCGAAUAGCAAAAGAGCCUCAGAUUUUUCAAAAAAAACGUAAGGUAAACGAAGAUCCCAAAGUAGCAGAAGCUUAUAAAAUUAUGAAGGAGACACAGGCCCGCAGUUCUAGACGAGAGAAAGCUGAAGAUCGGUUUGACAUCUAUGGGCAACACAUCGCGUCAAAAUUAAGAACCUAUUCUAAAAGAGCAGAACAUGCUAUCAACAAUAUACUUUUUGAAGCAGAUCUAGGAAACUAUGACGGGCCGUCUUCUGGAAGCUCUUUUCAGCAACAUAGCCUAGUUAGUCUUCCUCUUCCCAGCCCUGCCACAAGUCAGUAUACCUCUUAUUCCGACCCUCUAACAAAUACAUCAGCAACUGAGAGUAGUCAACCUUCAAAUAAUAUGGAUACAUCUGGAUACAAUAUACCAACUGCACAGAACUUGUUUGCAACUUUUAACCCUAUAAGCUAUACACUAGAACAGCCAACAAAUACUUCUCAAUAA